ACGGUCGCCGCCGCCUCGUGCCUCACGACGCCGUCACUCACACAGUGUACUACCGACCGUUCAAACUCGAGGACGAAUCGUUGUUUCUCGUGAACGGUAUUUAUUACGCAGUUGCGAGAUUUGUCGACCGCGUGGACAUUUGCAAGGUAUUCUUGCCGUUUGACGUGAUCGUUUUACAAUUAUACCAAAGUGCAAUAACCAGUGAUAACUGUAUUUAAUAUAAUUUAAAAAAAUCAGUAUGCUCGAAGAACUAUUUCAAAAAGGACUUAAGUUUUCCUAGUCUGAUACUUUUUUUUUAGUGUUAGUAAUAAUGAUGGAAUAAUACGAAUUUUAGUCAUCUUACAAGGUCAAUUCUUCUAGCCCAAAGAUGAGUUGGAAAAUCGGCGCGUAGUCGCUCACGUGGUGCACGCCCCGCCCCCGCCUCGCUCCGCGCUUAUAUUUAGCGAAAAUCGCCUCUAGGGAGCGGCCCGAUGGCAGAUACGUAAACGUUCAUCUCUGUUUAUGAACGUUAGCACGACGCCACAUGUUAUCGGCUUCGUGUAACAGGGUGAUAAGAAGUUAGAUAACCUUUGAGGACUGAGUCUGACUGAUCACGUUCUGAAAAUAUAAAUAAUUUGAUUUUCUUUUUUUUUCGAUUCAGUUGUGAUGGUAGCAACCAAAGCAAAUUCGCGCCAAUGAGCGCCGCGUACGAUACACCCACCAAAAAUUCCACAGCCUAGAAAUAAAUAACGCGCAUUAAAAUGUCUUCGCAAAGAGGAAACAGUUACCAGAGUCCAUGGUCUUCACAGACAGGGCUUUCGGAACUUGAUGGAGCUAUGGGUGAAUUAGAACCUUUAGGAGAAUUAGCCGAGGUUGGCUUUGAACCACAAACGCGUGCUCGUUCGAACACGUGGCCUUUGCCCAGGCCAGAAAAUUACAUUGAACCUGAAGAUCCUAGCUCCAAAAAGAACUCCAAUCAAAAUUUAAGCGGUGCUCCACCUCUUCCAACUUCUAUAGCAACAAAAAAAAACUCCUCACGGCGAAAUGCUUGGGGUAAUCUCUCCUACGCUGAUCUCAUCACACAAGCCAUAACUUCCUCUCAAGACAAUAGGUUAACAUUGUCUCAAAUAUACGAGUGGAUGGUUCAAAACGUGCCAUAUUUUAAGGAUAAAGGCGACAGCAAUUCCUCGGCUGGAUGGAAGAACUCGAUUCGGCAUAACCUGUCUCUCCACAACCGGUUUAUGCGGGUCCAGAAUGAGGGCACGGGCAAGUCAUCUUGGUGGAUGAUCAAUCCGGAUGCGAAGCCUGGCAAAGCAAUGAGGAGGCGUACCUCGUCAAUGGAGACGUCCAAGGCAGAGAAAAGACGAGGCAGAAUUAAAAAGAAGCCUGAUGCAUUGAAAAAUGGAGUUGCCCCAGACGCCACACCAAGCCCUAGUAGUUCAAUAUCCGAAAGUCUCGACAUUUUUCCUAAUUCUCCAAUACACAGCAACAGUUUUCAGUUAUCACCGGACUUUCGUCAGCGGGCUUCAUCCAACGCGUCAUCCUGCGGACGGAUGUCUCCGAUACCUUCCUUAAUAACCUCGGAACCAGAAUGGCCAUCAGAUUAUAUCCCUGCAGGCGAUUUUGCUUCGACCAGUGAUUAUUCUACAGCCGAUUACUCUCAAGAUCAAGAUCUAGCAGGAACUCUCGCCGACUCGAUGAAACUUCACGGAACAGACCCCUUUCUUAAUACGUACGUUCCAACGACGUCAUCGUCGUCAGCGGGGAGCUAUCGCUACUCGUACGCGUGUCCGCGACACUCGCACGGCGGCUGCGCGUGCGCGUCACUGUACCCAGCGCACCCCGCACAACCCGCACACCCGCACCAACACGCGCUCGACCACUUCGUCAGACCGCCUCCACCAGCUGAUCCCGCUGAUAUCAUGCAAACGGAAAACAGCCAGACACAAAUGGUAACGACGUCUGAUGCCACACUCAUGAAUGGUGGAGUUAUGGUACAAACAGGCGCUGUGGGGCCCACGACCGUCAUGGGACAAAUCAUGGGAGCCCUCUACACCGGGCUCUCGGAAGACUUAAAUAUUGAAACACUAGAGCACAACUUUGAUUGUAACGUGGAUGAGGUGAUAAGGCACGAGCUCAGCAUGGAUGGGUCCCUGGACUUCAACUUUCCCCAGCAGGGCACGAAUACGGCGGCCGAGGCGGAGAGCCAGUUCGCAACUCCUGCGCCGCCCGUCCCCACCACUCUGUCGGGCGGUGGCACCCACCCCCCCUACUCCGUCGCCCCCUCCUGGGUCCACUGAGACGAGUUACCUACUUACCUUAUAUAAAUGCCAUAUUUGACGUCUGUAAAUACGACGUAUGUUCCGGUCGUCACCCUUGCGUGGUAGUCGAGAUAUUUUUUUGUUUAUCGUGUUAAAUAUUGUUAGAAUUUUAUUUAGUGUUAACGUUAAGCGGGCCGUUACCGAUCGUUGUCAAUUGUGUUAGCGUAGGUUUUAGUCUUAAGCUAGGUGGAAGCUUGUGAUAUGCGUAGUUUAUUGAUAAGUAGAGGACCUAGGAGGGGUAUCUUAAUAUGCAGUUGUCAGUGAAGAUUCUUAAACGUCUUCAAUAAUAGUGGUCUGACUCUUUAUAAAGAAACUCCACACUCAAGAUUGAACAAAUUGUUUUUCAGAGCAAAAAUUGUGCGUCUGUGUAAAAAUGACGAUAAUUGUAUUUAUUUUUUAACAAAAACAAUAAAAUGCGAGGAACUUAAAAAAGGACUACAGUGAAACUCAAAAAGUGCUUGUGACCUCGCGUACCUAUUUAUAUGUUAUUAUCCAUAAGUAAGGGACAGAAAAGUUAUAUGAUAAUAUAUAUAUUUUUUAUUUUUUUUUUCAUGAUAAUGUUAGUAAGGCUCAUAAAUCUUCUUCAAUAUAGGAAUGGAGAACUUUGCCCAGCUCUGGGUCAAUUACAAGCUGAUUCAGUUCAAAUAUUACAAUACGUACUCCAAUUCUUUUAAAUAUUUUGAGCGGGCCAAUUUUAUUAAAUUAAGAUAGAAGUAAUUUAUACUAUAUAUGAAUGUUAUUUAUAUUUUAAAAUACAAAUCGAGUACAACUUGCGUUGGCAAAAUUAACUGAGGUGUUUCAAUAUUUAAAAUUAAAACAAAUUUGCAAAAUAAUAAACAAAACAACAAAUUUGGUUUACGAUUU